GAAAACAAAAAAAUUUAUCGAUAAAAUUUAGAGGACUCGUGGUAUUACUUUUGAUAAACCUAAUUUCAUUUAUAACUGUUUAACAGUUAGUUUCAACGUUAACAAAAAUAAGCAGAAUAAUUCAAUUUGGACGUUACAAAUUUGUAUAGUUACGAACUGUCGCCGUUAUGAAGUGUCGCCGAUACGAACUGUCGCUAUUACGAAUUGUCCGUUACCAUUUGUCCGGUUACGAUCUGUCGCGUUACGAGAUGUCAUGGAACCGAAGAAAACACAAAGACGGAACAAGAAACAAAACAGGCACAGUACAGGGACAUGAACAGAUCUAAAGAUAAUAACACAAACGGAAGGAAAAACAAAGUACAAGUUAAGCACAGAAAAAAACAAAACAAUUCUGAAAAUGGCAUCAUGGAAAGUAAGAGGUAUAAAUGGAAAGGCAAUAGAACUGCGGGAAGAAACUAGAAAUAAGAACAUUGAAACAGUAGCUUUAACAGAGACAAAGAAGGAAGGAAGAGGAACAAUAAUAUUAGAAAAAGGAAUGUUACUAAUAUACAGUAAAGUGGUAGAAACGAAGAGAGCUCAGGCAAGAGUAGCGUGCAUAAUAAAGAUGAAUAUUAUCAACAAAGUAAAAAAUUGGAUAUAUUACAACGAACAUAUACUAAGAGUAGACGUAGUUAUGGAUAUAGAGGAAACCAAUACAAAACUAAUCAUAUGCUAUGGACCAGAUGAAGACGCAACAAAAAACGAAAAUAAUGAGUUCUGGGAUAAGUUCCCAGAAGUGAUAAAUAUUUGUACCUGCAGAGAAAAUUAUGAUCACAGGAGACAUGAACAGUAGAGUGGGAAAAGAAGCAGAAAAAGGAAACAAUGUCAUUGGACCUUAUGGGGAGGAAAAAAUAAACAAAACUGGAAAUUACCACUCAAAUUCUGUCUAGGUCUAGACAAUAACCUGGUGAUUAUGAACACACACUUCCGGCAUAAAAGUAUACACAAGAUCACAAGAGAAGUCAAAUCAAGAGAAGAACAAUCAAUUAUGGACUAUACUAUAGUGCAAAAAGCAGAAGAACUGGAUAAGAGACGUAAGGGUGAAAAGGUGUUAUGAAAUUGGCAGUGACCACUAUAUACUGGAAACCACAUUCAAAAGCAAAAGAAAAGAAAUAAAAAGGAAUGAGAGCAUAAACAGAAAACACAAAGAAAUAAUAAAAAAAUUAUAAACUAAGGGAAGAAUCAACGAAUCAACGAAAAUAAUAUACACAGAGGAGCUAGAGAAAGAGAUGGAAAAUGAACACGAAACAACAGAAAUAAUAGAAGAAGAAUGGGAAAGAUUUAAAAAUGCGAUGAUAAAAUCAGCUAAUGCAAUAUGUGGGACUACAAGAAACAAUAACAGAGAGAAACGAACAUCUUGGUGGAAUGAUGAAGUGAAAAGAUAAAUAAAAGAAAA